GACAAAUCUUCAAUUUCUUCAUCACCGUUCAUCAACGCAAAAUACCGCCAAGAUGACAAAGAGAACCAAGAAGGUCGGAGUCACCGGUAAAUACGGUACCAGAUACGGUGCAUCCCUCAGAAAGCAAGUCAAGAAGAUGGAAAUCACUCAACACGCAAGAUACGUCUGCACCUUCUGUGGAAAGACUUCCGUCAAGAGACACUCCGUUGGUAUCUGGGAUUGCAAAUCAUGCAAGAAGACCGUUGCUGGAGGAGCUUACACCGUCACAACCCCCGCCGCCGCUGCUAUGAGAUCGACUCUCCGCAGAUUGAGAGAAAUCGCUGAGGUUUAAAUGGCUUGGGAUGGAUGUUUGUUUCUACGGGUUAUUUUUUUCUGCGGCACGGGAUAGGUCUCACUUAUGAUACACAAGGGAAAAGCAUGGCGCUGCAUGAUCGAUGCCGAAAUUCGAUGAGACCGGAUAAAGAAAAAUGAAAUCAUACCCUGCCUCA